AUGGCGCUGGAGCGGGCGCUGCAGGCGGCGCGGCAGGGAGAUGUGGAGGCUCUACGAGGGCUGCGAGCGGCUGGGCUGCUGCGGCCGGGGCUGCGGGACGCCCUGGGAGCCUCCCCCGCGCACCACGCCGCCCGCGCUGGCCGCCUAGCCUGCCUCCGGUACCUGGCGGCGGAAGCCGCGCUCCGCGGGGAUGCGCGGGCACGCAACGGGGCCACACCGGCCCACGACGCCGCCGCCACCGGCAACCUCGCCUGUCUCCAGUGGCUGCUCACCCAGGGGGGCUGCGGCGUGCAGGACACAGACAACUCCGGUGCCACCAUCCUACACCUAGCAGCCCGCUUCGGUCACCACGAGGUGAUCGACUGGCUCCUGCGUUUCGGGGGCAGCGACCCCACGGCGGCCACCAACACGGGAGCGCUGCCCGUCCACUACGCCGCGGCCAAAGGGGAUUUCCCUUCCCUACGAAUACUCUUGGGACACUGCCCCAGCACGCUGAGUGCCCAGACCAAGACGGGGGCCACCCCUCUGUACCUCGCCUGCCAGGAGGGCCACCUGGAGAUCAUCCAGUACCUGGUGCAGGACUGCGGGGCUGAUCCUCAUGCACGUGCCCAUGACGGCAUGACCCCACUGCACGCCGCUGCCCAGAUGGGCCACAACACUGUCAUCGUCUGGCUGAUGAGCUUCACGACGGUGAGCCUGUCAGAGCGGGACGCUGAGGGGGCCACAGCCAUGCACUUCGCCGCCAGCCGUGGCCACGCCAAGGUGCUGAGCUGGCUGCUGCUGCACGGUGGAGAGAUAACUGCCGACAGCUGGGGUGGCACGCCACUGCACGAUGCUGCUGAGAACGGCGAGUUGGAGUGCUGCCAGAUCCUGGUGGUGAAUGGUGCCGACCUCAGCGUCCGUGACCAGGAUGGCUACACGGCAGCCGACCUCGCUGACUACAACGGCCACAGCCACUGCGCCCAAUACCUGCGCACCGUGGAGAACAUGAGCGUGGAGCACCGUGUGCUGUCACGAGACCCCUCGGCGGACGGGGAGUACCGGCAGCCCGACUCGGGCAUGUCGUCGCCCAACACGACAGCAUCGGUGCCCCAGGCACGCUUUGAGGUGGGCUCCCCCGCCAGCACCCUCUCCAACUACGACUCCUGCCACUCCAGCCAGUCCAGCACCGGGGAGAAGAGGGGCGGCCCCGGGGGGGGCCCUGCUGCCCGGGUGCCCGAGCCGGCGCUGGCGGACAUGCAGGCCUACAUGGACAUGCUGGACCCUGAGACGCGGCCACGGGGCCGGGGGUCGGCAGGCGAGGGCUCCCCUCCACCUCCACCCCCCGCCUUCCCUCCCCCACCGCCCCCACCCCCUACUGCCCGACUGCCCCCGCCGCCCCCCGGCUACCCUGCACCCACGCCCUCUGCUGCACCCUACACCGCCGAUAUCUACGUGCGGGCCAAGAACAACCUGCGGCACGUGGAGAGCCAGGCGCUGCGCCGAGAGCUGGCAUCGCGCGAGAGCAGCCCCGAGGGCCUGCGCAGGGCCGAUUCCACCAGGAGAUCGAGGAACUUCGGCAAGCAGCCGAGCACCGGCGACUACUACAAGCAACUGGGACACGGCGUGGGGGAGCAGCCUGGCCCGCGGCGAAUGGCGCACAGCGAGGAGGCAUCACCCAUCUCAACGGAUACCAUGCGCAAUGGGGAGAGCAAGCCUGGCACUGAGCUGCCGCCACCACCACCACCUCCUCCACUGCCUGAUGCUGGCUGCCCACCACCGCCACCCCCACUGGCCGAGACCCCUGCUGGCCCCCGCCGCUCCUCCUCCUCCACGGGAAGAGGAAAGGCGCUCAGGCAGAUGAAGAGGACUGUGGGGGAGCGUGGCAGGUCCGGGGCUCCUGAUGAGGUGGCACAGGGCUGCCCUGCCGCACUGGGGCUGCACUAUCCACAGAACUGUCCCUCCACACCAGGUCACUGCGGUGACAGGACAGUGCUGCGGGGCACCAAGUCCUUCAACAUGAUGUCCCCUACUGGUGACAACUCGGAGCUGCUGGCUGAGAUCAAAGCUGGGAAGAGCCUCAAGCCGACACCGCAAAGCAAAGGCUUCACCACCGUCUUCUCCGGCAGCGGCCAGGCAGGGGCCAAUGCAGAGUCGCCGGUGUCCUCCCCAUCACCCACCAGAACGCCCACCCCGCCGGCCACCCCCGAGGCAGCUGGGCCGCCGCGCUGCCUAGCAGGCGGCUCGCCAGAGCCGGUGCUGAAUGGAAGUUCACCGGUGUCAGCGGCGGGUGCGGGGGCAGCAGCGGAGGUGGAAGCACUGGUGCCGAGCCACGAUGAGCAGGGCCGGCCCAUCCCCGAGUGGAAGCGGCAGGUGAUGGUGCGCAAGCUGCAGCUCCGCAUGCAGGAGGAGGAGGAGCAGCGGCGUAAGGAGAAGGAGGAAGAGGCGCGCCUGGCCAGCAUGCCAGCCUGGAGGAGGGACAUCCUGCGCAAGAAGCUGGAGGAGGAGAGGGAGCAGAAACGGAAAGAGCAAGAAAAGCUGAAACGGGAGGAGGAGGAGAAGGAGAAGGAGCAGUCGGAAAAGCUAAGGACUCUCGGGUACGAUGAGACAAAGCUGGCACCCUGGCAGCGGCAGAUCAUCCUCAAGAAGGGGGACAUAGCCAAGCAUUAGCCACGCCAUGCUGUGCCCUGGCUCUUCGCGGCGGGAGGAGGCCAGUAGGUCCCAGCAUGGACCAGAAUGCACUUUGGCACCCUCCUCCCACCACGGAUGGCCAUGUAGUCUAGCCUGGAGGAGCCCCACCGCUGCCCCAGGCACCCGUAGCCCCUACCCCGCUGCCGUCAGCCCACCGCCACCCCAUGUUGCCCCUUGUAAAGUGAGCUGCCAUCGCAUGGGGCACCUGGCUCCUUGUGUGCCACCUGGCUCUACCGCUGUGGCUGGGCUCACCUCACUGCCCAGCUCCAUGUGCUCCCUGCUGGCACCGCUCACUGUUGUGGCUGUGGCACGCUUGCCUCCACUCCUGCCCCUCCCACCUCUGGAGCCACUGGACGCUGCUCCCAGCCUCCACCCCAGACCGCCUGCCUUUCCAGCAAUUAAAACGAUAAACCCCGCCAGCAGUGCCCCGCGCCUUCCUGGGGCUGCCCACACCACCCCCCGCCCGCACCACAGCGCCCUUCUCAUCCCCAUCACACACAUCCCACCCCCCCCAUCAGCCACAUCACCACCACCGUCCACCUUGCCACAUCACCCGUGGUGGCCCUGCUG